ACUUCUUUCUAUCUCAGUGUGUAUCUGUGCAUUUUCACUACUAAACUAGCUGAUAUAUAUAAGCUAAUCCCGUCAUUCUUUCUCUAUACUCCUUUAUAUUCAUACACCUUUUAGACUUUCAUUCUACUACGCUUUAUUCAUACAUCUAAACCACUAGAUUAGACUUGAAAGAUAUAUACUCAUUCAAAACAUACAAAAUGCGCCACUUCGACACCUGGAUCCUCCGCGACCCCUACUCCAUCUUCCACUACUAUCCCACAGGCAAACGAUGGCCAGAAACCAUUCGCGAAUUGAUUCAAUCUCGUCAAAUAUGCAGUCCCCCAUCUACAUCCACAUCCAACGACAACAUCAUACCAUCCGCAGCAGCAGACAGCACCUCCCAACCAACAAGCAGCUUUUUCCAACGUCUGCCCCCAGAAAUCCGCCUCAUGAUCUACGCCUACGUCUUCAACGACUCCCCCAACACCCACACCACCACCACCACCAAUGAUACUACAAACACAACCAUCCACCUGGUCCAAAUCCGCAACAAAAUCCACCACGUCCGAUGCACACACCCCUCCCCACUCGACAAACACCGCCAAUGCUGUCCCCAAACCAUGGCUCGAUGGCGCACCUCUCCCACCACGAUCCCUAAACCCAUCAUCACCACCACCACCACCACCACCACCACCACCACAAACCCUCCCAAAGGAACAAAUCAAGCAAAGCAACACGACACAAACAGCACCCUCUACCCCCACACCCACCCCUCCCUCCCCACCACCCUCUCUCGCAACACCACCUCCCCGCUCCUAACCUGCCGAGCCAUGUACCUCGAAUCCGCACCGCUCCUCUACACCCUCACCACUAUCGACACAGACGACCUUUACACCUUCCUCUCAUUCAUCAACACCAUCUCCCCCCAUCUCCGGAAAUACAUCAAGUCCCUCACCGUGCAAUACACACCGAUCUGGCAGCCCAUGGCCGGCCAGGAAUAUCCGUUUUCGGUGUAUACGCAUACCCACAAUGAUGUACUCUGGGGCGGGUUCUGGGAUGCCGUGGCGAGGAAGUGUCCCGGGUUGGAGAGGGUCAGGUUGGGUUUGGAUCUGGGGACCGUGUUUGCGGUUAAUAACCAUGUAGGAGGAGGUGGGGGGAUGUCGGUGACCGGGGGAAUAUGGCCGUUGUUACAGGUGCGGGGGUUGAAGGGGUUUGAGUUGGGGGUGAUGGUUAGGUGUGAUCGGUUGGCGAGACGGGUGUUGGAGAAUGGGUUGGUGAGGGAUGUGCAGGUGCUUAGGGAGAGGUUGGUCGAGGUGAUGUGUCGGGAGAGGGAUGAUGGGUUUAUGAGUGAAGGGGAGGAGGAUGUGGUGGGUGAGAGGAGGGGGAGGUUGGCUAUUAUGGCUGCUUGAAGGGAAAGAACUAAAGUGGUCGAGUCUUUCAAGCGUUUUGUUGCAUGAUGAUAGAUACCCUUCGAUGUUUUGUUGUUUCUGUGCUCAAUAGAAGUCGAUUAAUUAGACUGACUACUAUAUAUACUGCAUUUUCAUACUGC